CCAGCGGGCGCCGAGGCACGGCCAUUCCGUGCCCCGGGUUCAGCAGCACCCGCCUGACGGUGCCUGUGGCCGCCUGCUGCCUCGGGCGCAGGCGCUGCUGCCGGUGCCGGCCGGGCCCGGCGCUGAGGGGACGAGCGGCCCCGGCAGGGCGGGAAGACGGGCGGCGGCGGACGGACGAGCGUCUCCUCACGGCGGCUGCGCGCCCGGAGCCUCCCUCAGCACCGGCCGGUCCCGGCGCGGCUGGUGGCACCGCCGCCUCGGCAGGUGAUGGCUGCUGCCACUGAGCCCACAGGCUUUGAGGAGGAGCAGCUUCCUAAUAAGAGAGAAACUAUGACCUGGAAGUCCAGAAAAGAGUAUUUGCUGAAGAAUAUUCCAAAUGUUCAUGAUAGUGACUCUGAAGAAAGUGAAUUCUCUGGUACCUCUCACAAUGAAAAUGAUGUCAGUGGCUCUCCUGUUGACUGUGCUCAUAUACAUCCUGACCCGGAAGACUUGGGUAGUGAAGUCUCCAGUAUGCCUGAGGCUGUAAGUUUUGCAGAGCAUCAAACAGCUUCUGUGUAUGAGGAGGAGGACUGGGACAAAGAAUUGGAGGACUCUGAAUGUAAUCCUUAUGAUGCUGGCGAUCUCUACUGUGGAAGCUUUCAGGAAAAUAAUCUUUUGGCCUCAUACUCAUGGCAAGAAGAUUCAUUUUACAACCCAGGCUGUCACCAUGCAGCUUGCCUUGCUUUUACACCACCAGUUAGAAUGACUGAGGCUGGCCAGUUUGAUGAUGCUGAUGAAUGAGGUUGAUCCUGGUCAGAACUAAGUUUGGCUUCUGAGUUGGAUUACGUUCUUCACCGAUUGAGUUAUGUCAAGUCCUCUGGCUUGGUUGCAAAGUUCUGCAUAAGGCCAGAAACGCUACACCAUCUCCGAAGUUUUGCUUAGAUUGCUUCUGAGCUGUUUAUAAAUUGACUGUGCUUGACCUCUGGAAAUGAGAGUGCAGGUGCUAGCUGUAAGGAGUCAAUGCAUUUCUGGACUUUCUGUUUGUAUUACAUAGAUCUGUGUUGUUGCUAGCGGAUUGCUUGAGAGGAAGUAUUUAAUUUCUAAAUUUCAGUUUGUUUGCCAAGCUUUGACAGUUUUGACAUGCUGAUCCCUGUGUGUCUAUGUAACUUGUAGUUUUCAUUUGAUGCUGUCAGAUUGGUUGGGACAGCUUUAAAAAACUCUUCCUCCUUCUGUCUUCUCUGUUUUAUUUCUAUGUUGCAGUUUGUGAUUCCAUAUCUAAUACUGGUGUUUAACAAAAUUAGCCAUGACAAAUACAGAACGAGUUUGGUUUUAUUUUUAUGUGUUUCAGUAUAAAGGAAUUAUAUGAUACACAUUUUGCGAAUACACAUGUGGACAUACAGGAGGACCUGCUGCAUCCAGUAGGAAUGCUGGGUGCUUAUGACUAACUCCCGGCAAAGGUUUCUUCACAUCAGACCCUCUUGUAUAUGAGCAUAUUAUCCUCCAGUCUCACAGUUGUCUUUAUAACAUUCUUGUGCAACAUCAGACGUGUAAUGAUAAAGAAAAUAUCUGUGCUUAUG